ACAGAUUCUUUUCGUUUCCUUUCCUUGUCGCCAUGGAAGUUAUAUGUUAGAUCUGUAAAUUCUUUGAUCAAGCUCGCAAAAGCGAAAAUAUGAUGCCAACAGAAGAAAGCACCAGUCCAGAUUCUAGAAGAUCGGAUGGUGUGAAAGGAGGAGGAUCAUUGUCGAAUUUGAUUCGAAAUCAUCAGCAAAACAAGAACUUCUUUGAAUCAUUGUUCUUCAAAAAGAAAAGGAAUGAUGAUGAAUCGCCUUCCUUUUCUCCUAAAUCUAUAAUUUCUCUAUCUCCUCUUGCCAACUCCGUUGUCUCUCGCUGUUCCAAGAUCCUUAAAAUUCCAACUGAAGACUUACAACAUCAGUUUGAGAAAUCGGUACAUGAUAAUCUCAAGCAACCUUCGAAUUAUGCCAGAAAUCUGUUGGAGUUCUGUUCAUACCAAGCACUUCAUGUGGUUACUGCUAAUCCAGAAUACUUGGGUGACAACGAUUUUCGUCGCUUUACUUAUGACAUGAUGCUUGCAUGGGAGGCUCCUAGUGCUGAGAAUAACCCGUUUAACAUGGAAGCUGAGCGCUUAAGUAGCAAGGAAGUGGAGGGUGAAGAUGGAUGGUCACUAUUUUAUUCUAGUACCACAAGUAUGGCUGUUCAGGUUGAUGAAAAGCAGACUGUUGGAUCUGAAGCUUUUGCCCGAAUAGCACCUGGCUGUGCUGUUAUUGCAGAUGUCAUCACCGUCCAGAAUCUUUUUGACGCUCUUACAAAUGCCUCUGAGCAUCGACUACAUUUUCUUAUAUAUGACAAGUAUUUAAGAAUGCUUGAAAAGGUGAUUAAAGCAGUGAAGAUUGCAACGGGACUUCAAACAGCAUCCAGCCUUCAGCUUGCUAAGGGUGAAAUCAUCUUAGAGGUGGAUGGGACAGUUCCCACCCAGCCAGUACUGCAACAUAUUGGAAUGUCAGCUUGGCCUGGACGUCUGACAUUGACAACUCAUGCCCUGUACUUUGAGUCUUUGGGAGUUGGAUUGUAUGAAAAGGCUUUGAGAUACGAUUUGGCAACGGACUUGAAGCAGAUCAUAAGGCCUGAAUUGACAGGCCCAUUAGGUGCCCGCCUAUUUGACAAGGCUGUUAUGUACAAAUCAACAUCCAUUUCAGAGCCUGUAAAUAUGGAGUUUCCGGAGUUCAAAGGCAAUUCAAGAAGAGACUACUGGUUGGAUAUAUGUCUUGAGAUACUCUAUGCACAUAAAUUCAUAAGAAAGUACAAUCUGAAAGGAAUUCAACAAUCUGAAGCAAUAGCAAGGGCGAUCUUAGGUAUAUUUCGCUAUCGUGCAGUUAGAGAAGCCUUCCGAAUCUCCUCGUCCAAGUAUAAAAGCUUAUUAUGUUUUAACCUGGCUGAAAGUCUUCCGGAGGGAGAUAAAAUCCUGGAAACUCUAUCAAGUCGCUUGGGACUAUUGAGCUCAACUUCCUUACAUAAUAAAGAUGCAAUAGGGACUUCAAAUGGAAAAUCCUCCAUAAAACUUCCAACAUCACUUUUAAGCCUGAGAAGAUUUAAGAUUAUAAUUAAUGAGCAGUCUGAAGCAGAUGAUCAAAGUAUAGAACCUGUUGGGGACGUAUUUGUUGGUGAAGUCAAUCCAUUGGAGAUGGCAGUGAGACAGGGCAAAGACAACAUAGGGAGGGCAGAAGCAGCUCGAGCUACUGUGGACCAGGUGAAAGUGGAAGGGAUUGAUAUGAAUGUGGCUGUGAUGAAGGAGUUGCUUUACCCACUUAUUGAAUCAUAUAACCGCCUGCAACAAUUGAUUUCAUGGAGAGAUCCGUGGAAGUCAACUGUAUUUGUUGUGCUGGUCAGCUAUGCAAUUGUUAGGGGCUGGAUCAGGUAUGCUAUACCGUCGCUAUUUGUUUUCAUAUCAGUUGUCAUGCUUGGGCGAAAAUUGGUCAACAAAGGGAGAGAAAUCGAGGCUCUCAAAAUUAUAAUGCCGCCCAAUAAGAAUCCAGUGGAGCAGCUCUUGAUAUUGCAGGAAUCAAUUGCUCAAGUUGAGACUCAUAUUCAAACUGCUAACGUCAUUUUACUAAAAAUAAGGGCUAUUAUUUUCGCAGCACUCCCACAGGCCACAGAUAGAAUAUGUCUUCUAAUGGCUUUGAUGGCCCUAAUAUUGGUGUUUGUACCUUCCAAGUAUUUGAUACUUAUGGCUUUUCUCGAGGCUUUCACAAGGGAAAAUCCUCUUCGAAGAGACAGUACCGAGAAAUGGGAGAGACGAUUGAAAGAAUGGUGGUUUAGAAUACCCGCGGCACCUGUUCAGUUGAUCAGAGUAGACGACAAGAAAAGGAAAUGAGUUGUAAGCGAUUAAAAAUAACACCGAUGAUCUAUAUCUCUGUAAAGAAGUUGUAGAAUCUAUUCUUUCAUUUUCAUAUUGGUUUUUCUAUAAACUCUAAUGUCAUAACUAUAUAUUACUGUGUGACUAAAUAUGUUCAUUUUCUAAUUACAAAGACCUCUAAAACUGAAAUGUAUAUGGCUAUUUGAUAUAAAUAUUGAGACUUU